AUGUUCGUCUCACGCUGGGGAUUGUACCUCUCCGAACUUCCUCGCUUGAAUGAGCUUCGAAUCGAACGCUACAUUCUAUGCUCGAACCCAACGCUGACUCAACUCCACUUUUUCUCCGAUGCAAGCAAACAAGCGUACGGCGCUUGCUGUUACGUCAGGUCUAUCGACUCUACAGGCGCGAUCAAAGUGGCGCUACUAACCUCUAAAUCAAAAGUAGCUCCACUCAAGCAACAAUCCAUACCUCGACUAGAGCUCUGCGGAGCUCUUCUCUCCGCCCAACUGUACCAAAAGGUGACGUCACCCCUCCAACUACCCGCCGAAGCUUACUUUUGGGUGGACUCAACAACCGUGCUCAGCUGGCUCCAAAGUACACCAUCAACGUGGACCACCUUCGUUGCGAAUCGUGUGUCCAAAAUACAACUAGCAACCGAACACUGCAACUGGAACCACGUAACCGGACUGGACCAUCCUGCUGACUGUCUCUCUCGCGGCUGUUCUGCAGAGAGUCUACUCGAAAACGAUGGCUGCGACUCGAUGAAGCAGCUUGGCCUGCUCGACGCACAAACAACGUCUCCAACUCGGAAGAGAUACAGGAACUACACACGCUUGGUACGAGUUGUGGCCUACUGUCAUCGUUUUCUGCUGAAUCGCGUUCACAACUACAAGCUGACAAUCAACACCAACAACCAAACUUCGGAAAUUAAUCCCCUCAGUAGGGACGAAAUACGAAACGCGGAAGCUGCUUUGAUCAGACUCGUUCAGCAGCAAGAGUUUCCCGACGAGUGGAAAAGGCUUCAGCAGUCACAACCCAUUAGACCUAAGUCUCGUCUUCGGUGGUUCGCUCCAUUCAUGUCUCCGGAACGGCUAAUCAGGAUUGGUGGGCGUCUCGCUCACGCCUCACAGCCUUACGACAGUAAGCAUCAGAUUUUGCUACCUGGCUCGCAUCCUCUCUCGGCUCUUCUGGUUCGCAGUUUACACUUAAAGCAACUGCACGCUGCUCCACAACUUCUGCUUACAAUUUUACGCCUGCGGUACUGGAUCACAGGGGCCAGAAGUCUAGCAAAAGUAGUCGUCCACCAGUGCAUCAUCUGUUUCAAAGCCCGCCCGAAGCUUGUGGAACAAUUCAUGGGCGAACUACCAGCCGCACGAGUAACCGUCAACCGACCUUUCUCCACUACGGGAGUGGACUACUGGGGUCCAAUAACGCUUCGACCACCCUACCGUCGAGCAGCCCCAAGCAAAGCGUACAUCGCUGUAUUUGUGUGCUUUUCUACACGCGCUGUGCACAUAGAGCUCGUCAUCGAGAUCAGCACAGCAAAAUUUAUUCAGGCUCUACGUCGCUUCGUUUCUCGUCGAGGUCUGUGCGCGGAGAUUUACAGCGACAACGGCCGUAACUUCCUCGGAGCGGACAACGAAAUACAACGACUUGUGCGAAUCCAGCAACACCGUCAAGCAGUCGCCCAGGAGUGUGCCAGCAACGGAAUUGUUUGGCAUUUCAAUCCGCCUAAAGCAUCGCACUUCGGUGGCCUGUGGGAGGCCGCUAUUCGAUCCGCACAAGAACACUUCACUCGCGCUCUGGGAACUCAUCGCUUGGCUUUUGACGAGAUGCUCACGCUACUCGCGCAAAUUGAAUGCUGCCUUAACUCUCGUCCCAUCGUUCCCAUCAGCGACGAUCCGUCCGACAUGGAACCGCUAACACCGGACCACUUCCUUGUUGGGUCCACUCUAAAGACCGUGCCAGAUUCGGAUGUGUCUGAAAUUCCUCUAAACCGCUUGACGCAGUGGCAGCAAACCCAGAAACUACUGCAGAACAUCUGGAAAAGGUGGCACUCCGAAUAUUUGUCGACACUUCAAGCGAGAACAAAGUGGUGCCGUCCUCCAGUCACAAUCAGCAAGGGUCAGCUCGUUCUUCUAAAGGAUGAAAAUUGUCCUCCGAUGGUAUGGCCAAUAGCAAAAAUCAUCGAAGUACAUCCAGGCGCCGACAACAUCAUCCGUGUGGUCACCGUUCAGACACCGGAAGGUCGCUACAUUCGUCCUGUGUCGAAGAUUUGUUUGCUGCCAAUUUCACCCACACAAGAGGAAACACCACCGAAUAACAACAACACCGAAUACUAG